ACCUUUAGGUAAAUCGGGCUUUACCUCUCGGUGUAGCAGCACCAGAAAGACGACUACUCCCGCUGUCGGGAGUCGCACGGCGCUUCGCGUUCCUUGACAAGUCAGUGUGUGCUCCGUAUCAUGAGAGCCGAAUAGAAAAUUCGAAAGCUCGAAUUUGACCUCUUCCUAGGGCUUCAUUACUCUGCAGAACUGCUUCAAAACUCACGAAAUGUAUCCUUCUUUGUUGGAAAUGGAAAAGCCGUUUAACGGCUUCGAAUCUAAUGGACACCACAACUCAAACUCUAGACUUGCCCUGACUUGGAAAGACCUUUCAGUUUGGGGCAGCAAAAAGAGAAAUUUUUGGGGUACAAGCAAGGAACGUACGCACAUCCUAAAAAAUGUUAGUGGAAUCGCAAAAGGAGGCCGCUUAAUUGCUAUAAUGGGCGCAAGCGGAGCUGGAAAAACUACACUGCUUGCGACAAUUAGUCAAAGAAUCAAAGGAGAAAGCACGGGAGAGAUUCGAAUGAACGGCAAAGUGGUCGAUAGGGAUUUUAUGAGACAAAUUUCUGGCUUCGUGCCGCAACAAGACUUAGCGAUCGAGGCCCUAACCGUGAGGGAGCACAUGGCAUUCAUGAGCAACCUGAAAGUGGCCAAAGGGAUGCGGCACAACGAACGUGCGCGUUGGGUCAAAUCCCUGCUGUCGGAAUUAAACCUUUUGAAGUGCGAGCACACCAGACUGUCUGCCCUGUCAGGUGGCGAGAGAAAAAGACUUUCACUCGCCGUGCAGCUGCUAACGGAUCCGCCGAUUUUAUUCUGUGAUGAGCCGACCACCGGUCUCGACAGCUACAGUGCGGCGGUGGUGGUGGAAAAACUGCGCCACCUGAGCGAGAGGGGCAUGGCCAUCGUGUGCACCAUCCACCAGCCCGCCUCGGGCAUUUUCGACCUUUUCCACGAACUCAUCCUAUUGGCCAGUGGAAGGGUUGCUUACCAGGGUGAAGUCGCCGCCGCUAACCAAUAUUUCAGCAGUAAGGGUUUGCGUUGUCCCGCGACAUACAGUGCGGCUGAAUUCUACGUGACGCAGUUGGCGAUCCGACCCGGAAAAGAGGCGAAAUGCAUAAAUCAAGUGUCGUGGUUGUGCGACGAAUUCGCGUCGUCUCCCGAAGGCUUUGCGUUGCAGCAAACCAUCGAUGAUGGCGAGGAUGGACCGUGCACGGUACAGUGGAAACACCAGCUUGGAGAUUAUAUUAAUAGCAAAGCACUAUCUACGCCUUCGAGAAGUACUCAGUUGUACUGGAUUAUGUGGCGGUCUAUGGUGGCGGCUAGGCGCAACAAAGCUGAAAUCAUUACCAGGAUGGUAUUUUUCAUGUUUGUAGGUCUCGUAAUAUCUGUGCCGUUUAUUGGCACGGAAAAGGACCAGCGUGGCGUUCAAAAUAUUCAAGGGCUGUUCUACUUGAUCGUGGUGGAAACCAUUUUUACCUUCGCCUACUCCGUGUUCAACACCUUCCCCCAAGAAAUACCAGUCCUGCUCCGAGAAAUAAGCGACAAUUUGUACUUGCCAGGGCCGUACUACGUCUCAAAAAUGGUCUUGCUGAUUCCACGAUGCAUCAUCGGUCCGUUCUUCUACGUGAUGCUGAUUUUUUGCGUGGUCGGCCUGAACGGAGGCGUCCUCGGAUUUCUUGCCUUGUGCAUUCCUGUGAUGAUGUGUGCUGCAUCUGCGAGCGCUUACGGCUGCAUGAUGUCCGCCUUGUUCGAGUCUGUCUCGACGGCCUCUCUGCUGUCAGUUCCAAUCGACCUCGUGACAAUCGCAUUCUCCGGUCUUUUCCUCAGACUCAGUUCCCUGCCAGCGUACCUCUCCUGGUUGAAGUACUUGUCGCAGUUUUACUUUUCCAACGAGGCAGUGUCAAUUUUGCAGUGGCAGCAGGUGUCUGGCAUAGAAUGCUGGGAUGACAUUCCCGGAGCGCCGUGUUUGCAUAAUGGAGACGAAGUCCUGCAGAACUACGGAUUCGACCCUGCGAAUUUGCCGCUCGACUUUUUAGGCCUGAGCUCAAUUUACUGCAUCACGCACUUAAUUGGAUUUCUCUCGAUCCUAAUAAGGAGCAAGGCCCAAGCUAUCUACUGAUUGUGAAUGAAACUACUUCUAAAGUGCGUGUCAUAUUACUCUAGCGAAUGAUUUAUAUGUGAAUUUUGUACGUUUAUAAAUUAGAGUUUUGUCAAAAUAAUUACCACUUUAACCUUAAUACAUUUCUUGAAUUUAUGUUUAAA